AAACAAGUAUUUGAGAGCUGGUCGUUCCUCUGCAGUGGGGAGCCAUCAUGACUGCAGUCCCAAUGCCUCUUUGGAGCUUAAAUUUACAACUCACGAUGUAUCUGUGAGUCUAUACAGAGGGACACACCACCAAGUCUCCUAAUUGUUCCUUAAAUGUGCUUUUUUGAUCAACAGGUUCCAAAGUGACAGCAUAAGCACAAUAUCUUUGGGGAGGAGGCAGUAAGUGACCAGAGCUUGAAUUUGCCAUGAUGUACAACUGGGCAUACUAGAUUUCUUUUGCCCCAACAAUACUACUGAGAUGCUCUCUCUCUGAGAAAUAGAAAAAUUAAAAAUAGGAGUUGUGUUCCACGUCAAACACUCAGCCCUUCACUUCCUCUGGUUUAGCAACCAUCAGAUAGAUGCAAACUAAUAAGGGAUGUGGUUGAUCAGGCAGCCGUGGGAACGGAAGAAGGACAACAGCAUUGGCCGAUCAGAGAGGAGUCAUUUCUUCUGCGGAAGAGCUGCAUCACAGAACAUUGCUGGGUUUCAGCGGCAACAGCCUCCAGCUGAGAUCUUCACUCGGGAGACAGCAGAAUUAGGAGCGAACGGAACAAACAGCUGGCUACAGAAGCCAAGCCAUGAAAUUCCCUUCCAGCAUCCUCUUUCUAGGGUGUUGGCUGACCAGGCAGUGGCAGAUCUCCAGAGGACAGCUUUAUCGAAAGCCUUCCAUCUCAGUGAGACCAAGUCCUCAGGUCAUCCUAGGUGAAGAUUUCUAUAUCCACUGUGAGACUGAAAAUAACUCAGAAGCAACCUUCUUUCUUGUCAAGGAAGGGAGUUCAGCGGCUGUGGAUUCUAAGACUGCUUCAUAUUAUACAGAUUUCCCCCUUUCUAAUGCCAAACAUGUAGAACCCAAUGGCGGGUUCUACAAGUGCAAAUAUUGCUUUAAUGAAAAUAAAUGCUCAGAAUUCAGUGAUAAAGUUUAUGUCAACAUAAGAGGGGACCUUUCUCCAAAGCCUGCCAUCUUUGUGAUGCCCAGUCCUCUCAUCAUCCCAGGGACACGAUUCUACAUCCACUGUAGAAAUGAAUACCGUGAACAAGCAACUUUCUAUCUCUUCAAGGAAGGGACUCCGGGGCAUUUGUUUUCUAGUACUGAUUCAUUUAGUACUGUAUUUCACAUUCCUAAUGCCAAGGAAACAGAUGGAGGGAUCUAUCUGUGUUUGUAUUGCUUCAUUCAAGACCAAGUUAAAAAAUGCUCAGGUUCCAGCGACAGAGUUUAUGUCAACAUAACAGAGCAUUUCUAUCCCAAACCUUCCAUCUCAGUGAGUGCACAUGAAAUAAUUGCCCUGGGGGGAAAUGCAACCAUCCACUGUAAGAGUGAAGAGAACCCAAUGGCAGAAUUCACUCUGCUGAGAGAAGAUUCUUGGGGUAACCAUGAGAUCCAGAAGAUGGAACCAGGCAGUAUUUUAUUUCCCAUUCUCAAUGCUAAACGAACUGAUGGGGGGAUCUACUUUUGUACCUAUUGCUUCCAAUCAGACUUGGACUUCAAUCAGCGAUGCUCAAGCUACAGUGACAGAGUGUACAUCAACAUCACAGAUCCCUGGCUUUCUAAACCUUCCAUCACUCUGACACCAACACAGCAGAUUUCUACUGGGAUGAAUGUCAGCAUUGAGUGUCAGGGGGCUGAGAGUUAUGUGACCUUCUCCUUGCUCAAAUCAAACAACCUGAUAGCAUCACAAAAGGCAGAAGAAAACAGAAAUGCAACCAAGUUCUUUUUCUCUGAAGUGAGGUUGGAGGAUGGAGGGAGCUACACCUGCCGAUAUCACCGCAUAGGAUUCCCCUUUCGUUGGUCAGAGUCAAGUGACCCCAUGGAACUGGUUGUGACAGCAAACACUUCUACAUCCAUGGAGAUCAACAUCCGCCUGGGAGUUGCUGGCUUGGUCCUGCUUUCCUUGGUGCUGAUCGUGGCUGAGUUCAUGUGCAGCAGAGCUGCAUCACAGAACAUUGCUGGGUUUCAGCGGCAACAGCCUCCAGCUGAGAUCUUCACUCGGGAGACAGCAGAAUUAGGAGCGAACGGAAGAAACUGCUGGCUACAGAAGCCAAGCCAUGAAAUUCCCUUCCAGCAUCCUCUUUCUAGGUUGGUCUCACUCCUUGGAGGGCGGUGGGGUCAGAGUGUUUGCAAGAGCAGGCCUGGGAGAUUGGAGGCCCGGCUUCCAUUUCUGUUGCUCAGAUAUCUGGACUCUAAAUGGAUCCUCUCCUUUCCAGGGUGUUGGCUGAGCAGGCAGUGGCAGAUCUCCAGAGGACAGCUUCAUCAAAAGCCUUCCAUCUCAGUGAUACCAAGUCCUCGGGUUAUCCUAGGUGAAAAAUUCUAUAUCCGCUGUGAGAAUAAACUUAACUCAGAAGCAACUUUCUACCUUGUCAAGGAAGGGAGUUCAGCGGCUGUGGAUUCUAAGACUGCUUCAUAUUAUACAGAUUUCCCCCUUUCUAAUGCCAAACAUGUAGAACCCAAUGGUGGGGUCUACAAGUGCAAAUAUUGCUUUACGGAAAAUACAUGCUCAGAAUUCAGCAAUAACGUUUAUGUCAACGUAACAGGGCAGCUUUAUCGAAAGCCUUCCAUCUCUGUGAGUCCCAGUCCUCUCGUCAUCCCAGGGACACAAUUCUUCAUCCACUGUAGAAAUGAAUACCGUGAACAAGCAACUUUCUAUUUCUCCAAGGAAGGGACUCCGGGGCAUUUGUUUUCUAGUACUGAUUCAUUUAGUACUGUAUUUCACAUUCCUAAUGCCAAGGAAACAGAUGGAGGGAUCUACCUGUGUUCGUAUUGCUUCAUUCAAGACCAAGUUAAAAAAUGCUCAAGUUCCAGCGACAGAGUUUACAUCAACAUAACAGAGCAUUUCUAUCCCAAACCUUCCAUCUCAGUCAGUUCGCAUGAAAUAAUUGCCCUGGGGGGAAAUGCAACCAUCCGCUGUAAGAGUGAAGAGAACCCAAUGGCAGAAUUCACUCUGCUGAGGGAAGAUUCUUGGGGUAACCGUGAGAUCAAGAAGAUGAAACCAGGCAGUAUUUUAUUUCCCAUUCUCAAUGCUAAACGAACUGAUGGGGGGAUCUACUUUUGUACCUAUUGCUUCCAAUCAGACUUGGACUUCAAUCAGCGAUGCUCAAACUACAGUGACAGAGUGUACAUCAACAUCACAGAUCCCUGGCUUUCUAAACCUUCCAUCACUCUGACACCAACACAGCAGAUUUCUACUGGGAUGAAUGUCAGCAUUGAGUGUCAGGGGGCAAAGAGUUAUGUGACCUUCUCCUUGCUCAAAUCAAACAACCUGAUAGCAUCACAAAAGGCCGAAGAAAACAGAAAUGCAACCAAGUUCUUUUUCUCUGAAGUGAGGUUGGAGGAUGGAGGGAACUACACCUGCCGAUAUCACCGCAUAGGAUUCCCCUUUCGUUGGUCAGAGUCAAGUGACCCCAUGGAACUGGUUGUGACAGCUUCUCCCAAACCUUCCAUCUCAGUGAGCCCAGGUGAGGUGAUUGCUCUGGAAGGAAAUGCCAGCAUCCACUGUAAGACAGAAAAACAGCAAGAAGCAGAAUUUACUCUACACAUAAAAAAUUCUUCAAAUACUUAUGAAAGCAAGAAGAUGGGAUCAGGAGAAGUUCUAUUUCCCAUUAUCAAUGCCAAAGAAUCAGAUGGGGGCAUCUAUCGCUGUCGCUAUUGCUUAAACUUCAAGAACACUCAAGCAUGCUCAAACUACAGUGAAGAAGUACACAUCAAAGUAACGGCUUCUCCCAAACCUUCCAUCUCAGUGAGCCCAGGUGAGGGGAUUGCUCUGGAAGGAAAUGCCAGCAUCCACUGUAAGACCAAAGAACAGCAAGAAGUAGAAUUUACUCUACACAUAGAAAAUUCUUCAAAUACUUAUGAAAGCAAGAUGAUGGGAUCAGGAGAAGUUCUAUUUCCCAUUAUCAAUGCCAAAGAAUCAGAUGGGGGCAUCUAUCGCUGUCGCUAUUGCUUAAAGCUCGAGAACACUCAAGCAUGCUCAAACUACAGUGAUGAAGUACACAUCAAAGUAACAGGUGGGAAUUCAAAAGCCGGACAUUCAAUAGCCAUGUGGGCAGGCAUUGCUGCCGGUGUCUUCCUUUUGGUCCUCUUCCUGCUGACCCUUGCUUUUGUAUUGUCCAGGAAAAGGAAAAAGGGUUCCGUGGCCAAUGAAAGAACUCAGCCAGCAAACAUACCCUUGCAGUCUGAGCCUGAAGAAGACCCUGAUGGAGUUUCCUAUGCUGUACUGAGCCACAGCUCACUGAAAACCAAACCAGCACCCGAUGCAGAUGGGAUCCCUGAGUCCUGUACUUAUGCAACAGUGGCCAAAGGCAGAACCAAGGAAGGCCAAUAGGCAAGGCGUCACAAAGGAAUGCAGCCCUCAGACUGAAAAAGAUUCCCUGACCCUGGCUGUACAUCUUCCCUUCCUAAUGGAGAAUGGUUGAGAGCCAAAGACUCAAGGAAGGAAGGAAGGAAGGAACUAAUAACCAAUAACCAGCUGCCUUAAAGGAACAGUAACAUUAGGCAUAGUCUCCCCGUGUAAAUACAUUUGUCCCAAUAAUCACAUAAUGCUUUUAAGAUAUCUCUAAUCGUUUUACUGUAAUGUAUUACUUUGUUGUAUUUUUGGCAUGUUUCAUUUUAUUCAUGACUAUUUUGUAUUCAUGAGAAUGAAAAGUGGUCUAGAAACAGUUUAAAUAAAUAAUCUCCUUUUCUGGUUUUAGUGCAAGUUGUUGUUGUUGUUGUUAGUGCAAUGUUAAAUUCUAAAUGACCCUGGACUAUUGGGGGUUGCUAGAGACUCCUCUUUGUCCCUCAUUGGAAUUACUAUGCACAUAGUCCUGGAAGUUUCUUGAUAAGGUUGUUGUUGGGUUUUUUUUGUCACUGUGUGACUGGAGACAAUCUCUCAGGACUCAUCUAGACUUAUCCAAUUGGAAAACCCAAUCUUAAGUAGCGAAUUAGAGCAAAUUGGGUCAAUUGGGUUUUCCAUGGAUUGAUACUUGCUCAAAUUUAGCCCCAAAAUGUGGGGUUUUUUUCUGGGGAAAGUGGCAGGACAAGAGCAGAACCACUCUGACACGUGCCUAGAAAGCACAAAACAUGCAGAAAACCUGGAGUAUUAUUCCUAUGAAAUCCCAAGCCAUUAACUUACAUUACAGACAGCGCCUGCACAGGCCACCAGCGUUACAGCAUCCCAUUCAUUUCACAGUGCUAACAAGCUAACUUGGCUUGUCUUGUCAACGCUGCGGGGUGCCCAGUUGAAAGAGGAAGGUAUUGAUUUAUGCCAGAUAAGCUCUAUCACUGUUUCUCCUAUGCAAUAAAUGAAAACACACCUUUUUAAAAAGGAAAAUAGAUGACAAAACGAAUUGAAAGUUCUUUCCCCCGCUCCUUUUGUGAACUUUUGCAGCUGAUAAAGAUCCCUCUUCUGCCUGAAGCUACCCUGUAACCCAAAAAUAGAUAUUUGCAACUAUGUUUGGAAUAGAAUCACAAAUGUAACUUAAUUUUCAAACUGAAAGUCACUGUAACACAUGCAAAUCACAAAGGUACAUUUAUUUGCCAAGCUGAUAGACAUUGUAAACCCUUCAAGGAAACACUGAAACAUAUCUUCCUCUUGCUCAGCCUCCAGAAACAUGAACUGCUAGACUUCUAAUCCACCUUCAGAAAAGUGGUUCUUCACUUGUAGGCUCACCUCACUAGUAGGGCUCCAGAACACUUCAGAUUUUGUUGUUUUGAGUUUCUUUAGCUCAUCUUGGCCUGGUAUGUUAACAAGUCACAGUUUGAAAUAAUAUAUUGGGUGCUUUACAUCUGCAGGGACUCAAUUUUCUUCUUGAGUUUCAAUUCCACCCUUUGCUGUGGGGCGAGCACUGAACAACAACAACAACAA